AAUCGUCGCUGCGUCUGACACCACAGAGAUACGCGUUCCAGCUUUCUCGUCCUGCGAUGGCGCAAGUGUCUCCCUUGACGCAUGAGAAGCCUUCUGGAUGCUUAUCUCUUGCAGACAAGAUUCGAAAUUGCUUUAUCCACAAUGAUUACGGAACGACAUAAAAUGCCCAGGUUGUGCCGACCGAAGAGCCCUGAUUCCUAACGUAAACGUGCGAAAGCCCAUCGUUGAGGCCGUUGACCUAUUCAUCCAAUCACCGUCGCUAUGACCAAUCCGAAAAAGCAACUCAUCAUCAACGCCUUCGCCAUGCAGGCGCCAGGACACCUGAAUCCUGGUCUGUUUCGGUUCCCGGGAGACCAGGGAUCAGAGUAUGCGUCCAUCAAGCACUGGAUAAGUUUGGCGAAGAAGCUUGAGGCUGCCAAAUUUCAUGCCAUCUUCUUUGCAGACGUGCUAGGCGGCUACGAUGUGUACAAGGGGCCUGCCAAUCUUGAUCCUACGAUCCCUGCGGCGGCGCAAUUUCCCAUCAAUGACCCCUUGUACAGCAUUUCAGCCCUUGCCGCAGCGACAGAGAGCAUCUCCUUUGGAGUCACAGCCUCAACCACAUAUGAUUCGCCUUAUGCGCUUGCGCGUCGGUUCGGAACCGUCGAUCACCUCUCCGGCGGUCGAGUCGGGUGGAAUAUCGUCACGUCCUAUCUUGACUCAGCCGCGCGAAACUUUGGACUGGACACGCAAAUCGAGCAUGACGAGCGAUAUGCAAUUGCGCACGAGUACCUCGACGUGGUAUACAAGUUAUGGGAGGGAUCUUGGAGGGACGACGCCGUUAGGCCACCUGGCGAAAAGGAUUCUGGAUACGCAGACCCCAAGGCCGUCCGCCAGAUAAAUCAUGUGGGGAAACACUUCCGUGUACCUGGCCCUGCGAUAAUCGCUCCAUCGCCGCAGCGGACGCCGUUCUUACUGCAAGCGGGUACAUCAACGGCUGGCAAAGCUUUCGCAGCUAAGCAUGCCGAAGCGGUCUUUCUCAAUGGACACAGCCCUGACCUCAUCCGUCCGUCGGUCGACAGUAUUCGCGCACAAGCAGCAGAGCUAGGCCGCGAUCCGCGAGACAUCAAAAUUAUUGGCGGAGCCCUAGUGAUCGUGGCAGAUACAGACGAAAAGGCUCAGGCUAAGUUUGACGAGCUAAGAAGCUAUGGCGACCGGGAAGGCGCAUUGGCUCUGUUUGGUGGAUGGAGUGGGUACGACCUCAGCAAAUAUGCCGAUGACCAAGACUUCCGGUUUGUCGAACAGCCCGCCAUUCGGAGCAUGGUGAACCACUGGGCGAGUACCGUUCCAGGUUCUGACGGGCAGAAGAAAUGGGACAAACGUGCAAUCGCAGAAUAUCUGAUCCUGGGAGGCAACGGACCGAAGAUUAUUGGAAGCGUCGAGACCGUGGCAAACGAGCUGGAGAGAUGGGUGGAAGUUGCCGAUAUUGACGGGUUUAACUUUAGUUACGCCACUCUUCCGGGAACAUUCGACGACAUUAUUGAACUUUUGCUGCCAGAGUUGAAGCAACGAGGCUUAGUCUGGGAUGAUUAUGCUGUGCCCGGUGGUACAUUCAGAGAAAAUGUCUAUGGGCAAAAGGGACGAAACAGAUUGCCAGAUUCCCAUCCUGGUGCCCAAUAUUUCUGGCGGAAAGGAGAAGAGGUUCCCCCCUAUGCCACUACCCAAGGAUAACAUAAUGGAGCUAUCUCUACAAUUAAUAUUUUCUGUCCUGUCUAGCUGAGAACAUUAAGUCUAGACUGUGUUGGGUUUUUUAAACCUUAGGGGG